AUGGCUUUUUCAAUCGAAGUUCCUGGUGAAGCAGCCCCUCUUAAUCCUCAGCAGGUGUUUCUAGCCUUGCAGUCGGCGGGGUCCUCUCAACAGCUAGCUAUCCAAACUGGAACACAACAGCUAGAAGCUUGGAAGACACAGAGAGGAUACUAUACUUUACUGCAGGUAUUUUCUCCAUGGAUAUUGAGAUCUGCCUACUUGACUAAUGCUUUUGCUCAGGCAGUUUAUCUCGAUAAGUCCCUACCCUCCGAAAUAAGAUAUCUUGCGAUCAUACAAUUGAAGAAUGGCAUCGACAAAUACUGGCGAAAGACAGCUCCGAGUGCUAUCACUACAGAAGAGAAAGAGCAUAUUCGAUCCCAUCUAUUGGAGAGUGGAUUCGAAGAGACCGAUCCUCAACUUGCUUUGCAAAAUGCCUUGGUGAUUUCGAAAGUAGUCCGAGUGGAUUAUCCCAUGGAUUGGCCCGAUGUCCUUACAAAUUUAAUUAGAAUGCUUCGAACGGCGAAUGAAACAAACCAGCUUCAUCUGCGAAGAGGAAUGUUGAUAUUAUUACAGGUUGUGAAGGAACUAGCUACUGCACGAUUAAGGAGAUCUCAAACAAGUUUACAAUCAGUCACGCCUGAGAUGAUAUUCUUGUUAAGCAGUAUUUAUACACAAAAGGUCUCGCAAUGGCUAAGCUUCCUUACCCAGACACCUUCUGAAGAUCACGGCGGGGCUAUGGAUGCCAUGGAAAAUAGUUUGAUUGCGAUCAAAAUUCUUCGACGACUACUUAUCGUGGGUUAUGAGCAUCCAAAUCAUGACAAAGACGUUCAACAAAUAUGGCAACAAUCACAGCAACAGUUUGGUCAGCUGCUGACAAUGGUAAAUGGAGAAUCGGCAAUCUUGGCUUCUCCCGCAAAAGAACUAGCUGAGAAACAUCUCGUGCAAUUCGCUAAACUACAUGUUCAAAUGUCAAACACACAUCCUGCCGCAUUCGCACUAUUACCUAAUUCCAUAGAUUUGGUAAGAGCAUAUUGGGGAUUUGUUGCGAAAUUUGGAAACUCUUAUGGAUCAGCAACACAGGAUUUCAGUGCCAAGGCGUUAGCAACUGAUGAUGGAUCAAAGCAAGAUAGACCAAUCAUGGAAAAACUAUGUCUAAAAGGUCUUACACUCUUGCGAGCUUGUAUGAAGAUGGUAUUUAGUCCAGCACAAUCAUUCAAAUACAGGACUCCAGAAGUCAAAGAGGAACAGCGACAAGCUGUUGAAUUCCUCAAAUCCGAAUUGCUUACCGAACAAUUAAUCGCCGAGAUGGCAAGUGUUAUUGUGACUAAGUUUUUCGUCUUCCGUCAAGUUGAUCUAGAGUCUUGGGAAGAAGAUGAGGAUGAAUGGGAGAUCCGUGAAGAAGGUGGUGGAGACACCUGGGAAUUUGAAGUUCGACCUUGCGCGGAGAAGCUAUUCAUGGACCUUGUUAUCAAUUUUAAAGAUCUUCUGGUGGCACCGUUGCUACAAUACUUCCACUCGGUUACAGGUAGUAAUGGGGAAUCUGUAGUAACUAAGGAUGCUGUGUACACUGCUAUGGGGUUGUCUGCUGCCGUUAUACAUCAAAGCUUUGACUUCGAUACAUUUCUUACAUCAACUCUAGUUAAUGAUGUUCAACAAACUGGCCAGAGCUGGAAGGUACUUCGUCGACGAAUUGCUAUUCUACUUGGCCAAUGGAUCCCUGUCAGAGUAUCACAAGCUAAUAGACCAUUGGUAUAUCAAAUCUUUCAACAUUUACUCAAAGCAGAAGAUGAGACAAAUGAUCACGUCGUUCGCAUUACUGCAGCUCGUCAAUUCAAGACGAUUGUUGAUGAUUUCGAAUUUCAUGUUGAACCUUUUCUACCAUAUGCUCCAGAUAUACUUGGUCGCACUAUGGCUUUGAUUCAAGAGGUCGAAAAUACGGAGACAAAAUUGGUAAUCCUGGAAACGAUCAGAAUGAUUGCUGUCAGGUUAGAAACUCAUAUCGCUCCGUAUGCAGAUCAAAUUGUUUCUAUUCUGCCAGGUCUUUGGGAAGCUUCUGGAGAAGAACAUCUCCUUAAGCAAGCCAUUUUAACAAUUAUGUCUACCCUUGUAUCUUCCAUGCAAGGCCAAUCUGAACGUUACCACUCACUAAUCUUACCUCUAAUUCAACGUGCUGUGGAACCCGGUUCUGAGAUGCAGGUAUAUCUUAUGGACGAAGCUCUUGAUUUGUGGUUACAAAUUCUCGCUCAGACAUCGUCACCUGCAUCUCCUGAAGUCAUAGCUCUUCUUGACUGCGCCUUUCCUCUACUAGAACUCGGUUCCGAUAAUCUUCGAAUCAUUCUCAAUAUCGUGAAUGAAUACAUUCUAUUAGCACCAGAAGUUAUGCUCGGUGAUGCGAACCGACUUCGAAUUCUUUCAUACAUGGCAAAUCUUCUAGGAGUCACAAAACGCGACCUUGCAGGUCUAGUCACUACAACGGUUGAAGAUCUAAUUCGUGCCGCUGAAAAACUUGGAGGUUCAAAUGGUGUAACACAAAUUACAAAAGAUCUUCACGAAUCGGGCUACACGGAAAAAAUCUUUUCGGGACUACUUGACGCAUGGGAAGCUCAUCAAACCACCGGUCCUGAUCGCAGAUAUCCAAAAUUAGACGAUGUAGUUGAAACGGACUACUUCACAAUUCUCGCCCGCAUCGCUCUGGCAGAUCCAACCGUUUUUGCUAAUCUCCUUGGUAGCAUUGAUAACAAUUUUGAAAAUAUUUGGAAGUGGUUGAGCGAAGAAUGGUUUCGUCAUUUUGACAGUAUGGCAAACAUCGACAGACAAAAACUUUCUUGUUUAGCCUUAACACGUCUUCUUGAAUUGCAGCCUCCAAUGACACCAGUUAUACUUUCAAAACUUCAAGAUUUUUUUUCAAUGUGGACGAGUGUUAUUAGUGAGAUGAUGGCGGGUAGAGAUGAUGUUGGGGGAGAUAAUUUAAUUUGGGGGGAGCAGCAACCUUAUGAGGGAGAGACUCAAGAGGAUAAGAGAAAGAGAGAGUGGAAGAUGAUUGAUCCAGUUCAUCAAGUCAAUGCGUGGGAGUUUGUUAAGGUGAGGUUGGGAGAGGCGGUGAGGAUUUGUGGAGGAGAAGACAGUUUUCAGACGGAGUGGGCGAUUAAUGUUGAUAGGGAUGUGCUAGAAGGAUGGGCAAAGCUAGGGGAGAAAAGAGAAUUUGAGUAG